AUGGCACCGGGCCCAAAUCCUGCCGGUGCCGUCGUUCGUAUCAUCCUCAUCUGUGACGAAAUUCCUAGAAAAAAUUGCCAAGGUGCCAAGCUAAACGCAAAAUCGCUGGACCCGACCAACGGCUACUGGGCUGAAGCCCUCCCGGCCAUGGAAACACCGCUGUGCGCGGUUCUGGAUCCGGUUCGAGACUUCCGUUGGCAUGCGCUGCGCUGUGGCGGUCCCGAAACGGCCGCCUUCCUCUGCGAACUACCAGUUCCCAACUGGGCUGCCGAUUGUACCAUCACCUCGCUUCCGUCGCUGACGGUCCAAUACUUGUCGGACAGUGGAGCGGUGCAACUGUCCCGAGAUUGCGGAGAGCAGGGAACUCGGCACAUGUCCUGCCAGGGCAAGUUGGAGCGAGAUGCCAUCAUGCAGCAGCUGCAGUGCAGCGAUGAGGAGCAGGAUCCUCUGGGGGCUCAAACAGUCGCAACCGAGAACAAUCAACUUCCGGUCGAAGGAUCGUCGAGCUUGGUAACGAGAAAGCCUCAGCAGCCGCAGCAGGUGAUGCCGUCGCAAAUUCUGGAACACGAUAUUUUGACGGUUGUUUCGAGCAACGAUGAGGACAAUAACAUUGACGUUAAUCCGAAUCAGAUCGAGGACACGGUUAAGAAUGUGAUCAAUAAGUUUAAUUUGGCGGAUCUGAUCCAAAGUGAGCAGGGUUUGCAUAGCGAAGAGAUGGGAGAAGCGGAGAAGGAGAGUAAGAAAGCGUUGGGAGGAAAGAAGUAUUCACCGCUAUAUGAAAAGAAGGAAAAAUUCGGCAAAAAGGGUAGCAAACAGGAUGAGGAUGAUGAGUUGAUGCAGGGAGAUCAGCCUGAUGAAACGGAAACGCAACCUAUAGAUAUUGUGCAACAAGCGGUUAAGCCAACAGAGGGAGAUUCCGAUGAGAAUGCUACGGCAGGUGGAUCCACGGAAGGAAUGAUGUCAACGCUCGGUGAGGUCAGCACUUCCGAGAGUACUACGGAAGAUUCUCGAUUGAGAAGAGCUACCGAUAGCGAAGUAGUGACUUCAAGUUCGACAACCGAACAGUCGACAACUAUCGAACCGAGUACAACAACCGAAUCGGCCACCAGUAGCACAACAUCGAGCCACAUUCUACCGACAACUCCGAAGAAAGAAGUCUCCUCGACCGGUGAUCAUUUCAUUCCACCGAUGUUGAUGGUCAAGGCACGAUUCAUAGCCACCAAACCUCACUCUGAAGUUGUUUCUUCGACCACUGAACUUGUUACGGAAGCUUCAGAAACUCCCAGCGUGAUUUCAGAAGUCUCGACGACAGAAGGAGUGAGUUCAGUGACCGUUGAACAUGUUACGGAUCACAAUGACAUCCCACUGUUAGAUAUAAAUGACAAGGAGUCAACUACGGAAGUUGUUGCUUCGACGAUGGAACCCGAAUCAACAACAGCUCAUCAAAUAGUCGAAAUAACCUUCGACGACAAAGAUAUAACCUCCAAAAUCGGCACCCUCAGUAUUACAACCAGGCCGUUUAUUGCAGAACAAACUAGUCUAUCCAUUGAAGACACUCCGUCAACAUCUUCAGUACAGAAUUUGACAACUCCGGAGCAACCCGUCGCAACAUCCACCAACACACCGGCAAUAGAAACAUCUACCGUAGUGGUCGCUUCAACGACUGAACUCACAUCUUCAACAACCACUACAACUUUAGCUCCUCCUAGUACAACUCAUCUCCCAACAACAACGACGACCACCACCAUUCCAACUACUACGGCCUCCAAAAAAACCCAACCCUCUCCAACCCCGGUGAUCCAGCAGCACUUCGAGCUGCAUCACGAGGAACACGAUCCGGAAAAUACCGACCAUGAGCUAUCCUCCAGCUCCGACGAGGAAGAACACGAACACCACCAGGAGCUGCACAAUAGUUUCUCCAACAUCGAAAACUACCAACCCUACAAACCGAAUCGACACCGAUCGCUAACCAAACCAGAGGUGCACAACAACCAUGGAAACUACAUCAAAAAGAUUCUGGGUUGA